AUGUUUCCCAGGAAACUCUUUUCCAAAUACUACGGAUAUACAUCCGCCACCAAAAAGACAGAGGAGCAGAAAGCUAGACCCCAGCCCAUCCGAACAACCUCAAGCUACAACUACAUGCCUCUCUUGGACCCCGAGGACUACAUGGAGCCAUCCACUCCUCGUUACGCCGCCGUCAGCUGCUGA